UGUGAACAAACCAAAGAUGGCCGUCAAAGAACCCUUUGGACCAUUUUCGACAUUAUUCGGAGAAGAAUUUUAAAAGUUUAGCCAAUGCAUUUUGUACUCCAACAAUCGAUGUGAAUAGAUUGGUACAUCCAAUAUGGCAGCACUCCUAAAGAAAAGAGCUGUAGCAGAAUUCAGUCAAGUAGUGCAGGAAGCACCUAAGCCCAUUAAGAAGUUGAAACUUGUACAGAAACCUCCCCCAAAAGAAGUUCAUGUUAAUUUGCAAGGUGUCACAAAUUCUCAGCAAGCUUUACAACAGUUGUUGAGAUUUGAGGAAAGUCUUGUUGAAGGGGACCAGAUUCCUGUUAGCACAACACAAGAGCUUAUUGAACAUUUCCAGCAAGAAAAAGAGGCGCUUGUUAGAAGGAAAAUAGCUCAGCUGCUAGGGAAUCUUGGAAUGGUGCCUCAUUUCAAUGCUGAAAAUCUAGUGGAAGAUGUCAAGAUUUUACUGAAGAGUGAAAGUUCACACAAGGUAAAAGCUGAAUUGAUCCUCAGCCUUUCUGCACUGGGUAAAGCUGUACCAGAAAGAACAGAACUGUUAGCCUCCAUCAUCACUCUAACUAAACAACAUUUGAAGGAUCCAGAUCACAGAGUUCGAUGCACAUGCUUGGAGUUGAUUGGAGCCAUUGGAUCCCCAGAACAAGAAGUAGCAGAUGACUCCCAAGACCCUUUCAUCCCAAUCCAGUCUCUGCUUGCUGGUUUCUGUGGGGACCAAGAUUCCCGAGUCAGGGCCAGCUCUUUCAACGCAAUGCUGCAGUUCCACCAGCGAGGCCUCCCACUUCAACUCUCGGUUUAUCAUCAGGCCUCCCAGUCUCUCAUGGAUGAUUAUGAAAAUGUGAGGCUCUCAGCCAUGAAACUUAUAUGGGUUCUCAGUCAUCUAUAUCCAGACAGUCUGGUGCCUGUACCGGAUUCUGAAGAUGAGCUGAGACUGGUGGAUGAUGGAUUUGCCAAGAUUUGUAAUAUGGUGAACGACAUUUCAGUCAAAGUCAGAACAGAGGCAGCCAUUCUCUUGGGGUCAUUGCAUCAAGUCAGCCCCAAAUUUUUGGAACAAACAUUAGACAAAAAACUUAUGUCAAACAUGAGGAGAAAGAAAAGUGCCCAUGAAAGAGCACGAGAGCACUUUGCCUCCGGGGAAUGGGCAACUGGGCAGAAGUGGGCUGACGAUGCACCCAAAGAGGAAGUGGACCCAGACAAUGUGAACCUGAUGAACAUUGGAGCCUGUGGAGCUUUUGUUCAUGGCACUGAAGAUGAGUUCUUGGAGGUGAGGAAUGCUGCUCUGGACUCUCUGUGUGAAUUGGCUAGCCAGUCGGCGUCCUUUGCUAACCUCUCCCAAGACAGUAUUAUUGACAUGUUUAAUGACGAGAUUGAAAGUGUGCGACUCAAUGCCAUCAACAGUCUCCGGAAACUCAACAGAUACAUUACACUGAGAGAGGACCAGCUGGAAAUCAUACUAGGGGUGUUACAGGACUUUUCUACAACAACUCGAGAUAAUUUACGAGAUAUGCUUGGUGAGAUGAAGUUGGCGACUCGAGAGUGUUUGAGUAAAUGUAUUUACAACUUGUUGGAUAACCUCAGACGAUACCCUCAGGACAAACUGUCUAUCUGGAAGUGCAUGAGAAACCUUGGGAGUCAUCAUCCACAUUUGGCUCUUCCCCUUGUUCCGGAACUCCUCUGCCUUCAUCCAUACUUUGACACACCAGAACCUGAUAUGGAUGAUGCUGCCUACAUCAGUGUGUUGAUGCUGGUGUUUAAUUCGGCUGUAGAAUGUCCCACAGUGAUGACUAUGUUCCAGGACCACACGUGGAGACAUUACCACUAUCUACAGGACAGCCUGCCAGACCUUGUCCCCAAACUCCAGAAGAAUGUAAGUGCUGCCGAGGGGAGCGACAUAGAAAAGCCGUCUUACACAGACAUCAAGUCUUUCUUGAGGAACUUGAUUGGUGGAUUGGAUAGUUUGUCCAGUAUGGAUCUGACCACUGCACAGCCAUUGCUUGAGACCAUGGUGAGAGAUUUACAACAGAUUUCUGGAUUGAAUGAGAAGUGCAGUCCUUCAGCGGAGUUUGUAUGCGUUUUCCUCAAGAGCCAGCUUUUGCUCACUAGGUUGAUGAGUCAGCAAGGAGUGCAGUGCAGUAGCAGCAGCAUAGCGGACAGUCAGGUCCUCUCUCUGACUGACCAGAUUUUGGAGUUAACAAAGAGACUGCAGUACCUUUACCUGGGCGUGAGCAGUACAGAACACUCUCUGAUUAAACAAACAAGUCUGAAGGCCUAUACUCUACGGAUCCUGACUAAGAUGAGGGCGCCCACCCGGUGCAGUCAAGCCAAGACUACAUAUUUACAACAGUUACAGGCUCUAAAAAUAUUUUUGGACACUAAUGACCUUUCAGCUGACCCUUGUUUUGGGUAUCUCUUUUCUGUUCUUGAUGACUUGGAGAACGGAAAGAUAUCAGACAUUCUUAAACAUCUACAACAUGCUGUCAAAAGCAUAGCACCAUGUGGAAUUGCUUUCCACAGCAGCUGCGUAAGAAAGGUGACAGCCAUCAUGCACGAACCCACAGGUUCCUCUGACAAUCCUGUCCGCUUCACAGCCGGUUUGACUGUUACUAUACCAGUCCAGGCUACCUUACAAAAUGUUCAGAAUGCAGACUGCAUCAGGUUAAAGGUUCUUUACCCUGACCAGAAAAGCUAUCUCAUCACUCCACAGAAAUCUCACUUCACCAAGCUAAACCCGCUCCAUUACAGAUUAAACUCCGAAGUGAUAGUUUCACAUUCCCUCUGGUCAGAUCAGUCACACAUAGAAAUUGGUAUCGUUUUAGAAAACCAAGACAACGAGUCUGUAAGUCAUCAAGAACUGUGUCAACCAGUGCGGGUUCUGGUAGCUCCCAAAGCUGCCAAACGUUGAGGAGACCAUGUUGUAGUGUGUGUCUUUGUAGCACUCAAAGCUGCCAAACAUUGAAAAGACCUAAUUUUAAUUAAUGUAAUAUUGUAAUUAAACUAUUUUCAUACACAUG